UCUGGCAAUUCUUUGAUACGGAGCCAUUGCAUUGGUACAAAGGGAAAUUAAACUUGAACAAACCAUUUGCUGAUAUGCAAAUCAGGCUAAUUUGCUUAACAAAGGCUUCCCCUUGUCGGCACAUUCUGCAUUUCGAUAUAAACCUCAGCAGUACUGCUGGUGAGUGGGAGGUGAGCAAUAACAAUCAAAAAAUGGGGAAGAUUGUAUUCUUUGAGGAUAAGAAUUUCCAAGGUCGUAGUUAUGAAUGCAGCAGUGACUGCCCAGACCUGCACUCCUUCUUCAGCCGCUGUAACUCUAUCAGGGUGGAGAGCGGCUGCUGGGUUCUGUACGAGCGCCCCAACUAUGCAGGCUACCAGUACAUCCUGACCCCUGGGGAGUACCCUGACCACCAGCAGUGGAUGGGCUUCAACGACAGCAUCAGAUCCUGUCGAUCUAUCAAAAACGUCUAUGGAAAUUCCUACAAGAUCAGAUGCUAUGACAGGCCAGAUUUCGCUGGCCAUAUGGCAGAGUGGAGUGAGGACUGCCCAUCGGUCCACGAAGCAUUCAAGUUCCGUGAGUUCCACUCUGCUGUGGUGAUGGACGGUGCCUGGGCAUUCUACGAACUGCCCAACUACAGGGGGCGUCAGUACUUCCUGGAGCGCAAAGAGUACCAUAACUUCACGGACUGGGGCGCCACCUCCCCUGUCGUGGGCUCCUUCCGCAGGAUCACAGAGUUCUAGAACCUUACAACCUCUAGAGUUCUAGAGCCCUACGACGACCCCUACCCAGAAACCUCUCUGCAGUGCCUUAUGACACCCACCUCUGUGUGAGAGUGUUGCAGUCUAACAAAUAAAACCCUGUCUGAUCCGCAUA